UCGUUAGCGGAAACCAGACUGUUAGCUUCAGGAAAUCAGUUGGUGGAAAAAAAGCUUUCAUUUCUGUUAUCAAAUCUCCCCACUUAGAGUCAAACGUGCAUUGGAGUAGCAGCAGACUGUGGGCAAUGGACCCUUGGACGACAACAUCGAAUCUGCGGUGUGUCCGUCAAUAGUACGCCCUGGUGCCGAGGCGCCGGGCCGGAACCAGAACAAGGCCCGGGCGGACGUAACCAGCGCUGCGUUUUGCGACACCGGCGGGCUGGUGUGUCUGUGCGGGAAUUGUUAUGAUGUUUAUAGGGAACGUGUAACUUGUAUCACCGUGACGCGCCGCCUGUAGCCACACGGCACGCUGGUUCACGAGUACCCGGUCCUACGUAACGUCUCGAGGCUCGAGCAUGGGACCGCGGGACGCUGGGCUGAGCCGCCAGCGAGCUCGCGUUCCCGUGAGCUAGCGUCAAACGGACGUGAACGUUUACUUGUUAACCAGCGAGGCGACAUGAGAAAGGCAACGAGUAUGAGCGCCACGGCUGUGUUUAUGUGAAUGAAGAGGACUUGUUUGACAUCGCCCCACGUUCCCCAGCUUGUCGGCUCUUUCACGGGCCUGGUCGAUGUUUUUGCGGCGAGUUUAGCAGUGGAGCUCAGUUAGCUGCUAGGUUAGCCCGCCCCGAUGAAGGAGUACAAAGUGGUCGUGCUCGGCAGCGGCGGGGUCGGGAAAUCCGCGCUGACCGUCCAGUUUGUCACCGGCACCUUCAUCGAGAAAUACGACCCGACCAUCGAGGACUUUUACCGAAAGGAGAUCGAGGUGGACUCGUCUCCCUCCGUGCUGGAGAUCCUCGACACGGCGGGGACGGAGCAGUUCGCCUCCAUGAGGGACCUGUACAUUAAGAACGGACAGGGGUUCAUCCUGGUCUACAGCCUGGUCAACCAGCAGUCAUUCCAGGACAUCAGACCAAUGCGAGACCAAAUAGUUCGAGUGAAGCGCUUCGAGAAGGUGCCGUUGAUCCUGGUCGGGAACAAAGUCGACCUGGAGUCUGAGCGUGAGGUGGCUGGCUCAGAUGGACGAGCUCUGGCUCAAGAGUGGGGCUGCCCUUUUAUUGAAACUUCAGCCAAGAGCAAGACUAUGGUGGACGAGCUGUUCGCAGAGAUCGUCAGACAGAUGAAUUAUUCCACGCUGCCGGAGAAGCAGGAACAGUGCUGCACAGCCUGUGUGGUCCAGUGAGAAAGAGAUUCCUAAUUUGUCUGGAUCACCACAUGGAUUUUGAUGUACCAUGAACCUGGGGACAAACUGACAGAAACUUACCGGAGCUGGUAAUGUUUCUGUUCUGACUGUCGAUCACAGAGCAUCUGACAGGAAAGACGUCUGUCCUAUUUUUGAUAUCAUAACUGUUAGAAGACGUUUCUGCUGCAACCUUAACGGCCUUUUUGAUCAUCCAGGAUGGAUUCAGACUGACAGACUUGUAAUGAGCGAGAAUGGCCAUCUGUGAAUUUCAGUCUUUUUUUCUCUCCUUUUAGUCGGAAGUAUCCCUCAAAUAAUAAGCAGGAGUGUUUGUGAGGUUGCAGCCUCCUUUUUAAAGCUGCUUUAAUCACUAUGAUAUACUUUAUUAUUAAUUGUAUUGUGUCUCAAGUUUGGAAUUUGACAAAGAAUUUCAUAAUAUUGAAACAUUUUUACUUUUAGGCUUGCAUACUUCAAUCAGUUUGCUGCCCAGGUAUGCUGCUGGCUCUAUUUUUAAAAUCUGACAUGAACUACAGCAGCGUGUAGACUGCGUUUUUUUUGCUUUUAAGAAAAUUAGACGGGAUGUACAACUCAGUGGAUUAAUCCUUUAACAUCAAGAAUUUACGUUCUUAUUAUUGCAGUAGCCUAAAGCAGCUAAACCCAUCUGAAAACAUGCAUGCUCAAAAUUAAAAAUGUUCUACUAAAUCAACUUGAAGUGAUAAGGAGGAGCCAUUUCACUGUCUACAAGGCAUGAAUCACGGGGACGCAGGUCUUCCAUUUUCAGUUUUCUCAACGAGUCUGUGGGAGAAUGAUUUUGGAACGACCAAAGGAAGCUCACAGUGCAGAUUAGUGUUUGAAUACAUGACGUGUGUUGCUAUAAAUUCAGAAGAUGCUAAUUUCUUGUCAUCAAAUUAUUCGCAGCGAUGUGGUUUUAUAAAAGUUCUGGCACAGUUAAUCAGAUUUAACUUUGUAUUCUUUUUCUUAUUGUAACAUAUUUAUUAAAGACUAACAAUAUGGAUAGCCAGUUUUAAACUUUUAAACUACUAGUUUUUGCUUUUUGUGACUUUUCAGGAUAUCUGGUACAUUGUUUUGUUUUUGAAGCUGAGGAUUUAACAGAGCCUUAAAUAACUUCUGUUGCACCCUGGUGUCAUGUUUCUUUUUUUUUUAAAUUUCUCAAAGAUCAAAUCUGUCGUCAUUUGGUAAUAAACAUGCUGGCCUUUC